AUGGCGCCCAAGAAGGGCAAGGGCAAAGGGAAGAAGAAGGGCGCCGCACCAAAGCCAGACUCUGGCUGGAUCAAGGCGCUUGGAAAUGGAAAAUGGGAGAGACCGCUGGAAGCUCUUCCUGACCCCGUGGUUUCGCCUGCCUUUAACGAGACUCGUCUCAAUUUGCUGGCGACAUGUAACUUGGAGAAACUAGAGCUCCGGGGAGCCAAGUUCUUGACCAGGUAUGUCAUGUCGCCUUACACUGUUGCUCCAGCGCUCAAGGAACUGGAUUUAUCGUGCUGUGCAGCUCUAAACUAUGUUUUGAUAGAGGUAACUUCUCUCAUUGUUCUUUUCCGGCAGACUUUGCUCACAGCGCGUGACCUUUCGCAGUCGAAUUCUCUCGAGAGAAUCUCUCUAGCGCGAUGCGUCCACUUGAAAACAGCACACAUUGUAGUUCGAGGUUUGAAAGAGCUCGAUCUCCAGCAAUGCAACGAGCUCGUCGAUCUGAUGCUUUGGAGCGAUGUGAUAACCACGCUUAAUCCUUCUUACAAAGAGAAGAUCAGGCUAGAACUCUACUGCCCCCAGCUCAAAAACUUCGAAUGGCCUCCUGUCAAGAUCAUAAAACCGGAAGUGGUGCCCCCGCCACCAUUGCGAGAACUUCUUGCACAGGACAAGAUCAAUGAGAAAUACGAUCUGGAGCAACGAAAAGUUCUCGAGCCUGGAUUUACUGGGACGAUCGACGCACCAAAAACACCUUACUUGGCAUUUAACUCCUACUUAAAGUCGCUCUAG